UGUGAUAAUAAACCAGCGUUUCCUUUAGUGCUUGUGUCCUCAAUUUAACAUACACUCAUCUUAACAUCAUUUGCGAAAAUGAAAGUUUACAAUUGUCAUGGUCAAAAAAAAGGAGGCAAGUGUUUCCGCCGUGAAUUUCAUGGGGGGCCUCACAAAAAAAAUGAAGGCAAUGAUGAAGAACAUUUGCUAUUCGAAUUAUUCAAGCAGUUUCUCAGAACAAAACUGCAAGAACAGAGGCAAAACGAUGACCUGAGACAAGAGGAAGUUCCUCCAACCACAUCAGCAGAGCAAGAAGCUGAGGAUGCUGAAAUAUCAGAUUGUUGCCAGGAACAGAACGAUAGCUGUCCAACAAACGAGUCAAAGAAGCGAUGCCACAAGUUUGGUUCCUUCAAAAGAGGUGGACACCAAAAGCACUGGGGAAAACAUCACCACUGGCAACACAAGAAAAUGCAUCACCAUGGACCACAUCAUCAUGGACCCCAUCAUAACCACCGACGUUUUGGAUGUGGAAAACAUCGGGAAUGCUGAUUUCGCAUCCACCAUAUCUGUAUUUUUGAAAUUCAACAAAUUUCGAAUGUUUUCACUAUAUUCUUUAAUUUUAUAGAAUAUUAUCGAUUUAAUGUUCCUUUUCGAUAAUAGUUGUAGUAGGUAAGGUUGAUUAGCAUUUUUAUUUAUUAGUGAAGAAAUAAGAACAGGGUAUAACGAA